CUGAAAUUUCCGAUUGCGCCAGACAAAUUUUCAAUCUUUGGCCACGUGAGGGCGCUGUUUAUCAUCGUUGCGAUUAUUUAAUCUUUGACGAGGAGAUAUUCUGGCGAGACAUUACUAGUCAUCCAAAAAUGCAAUGAAACUAUGUCCGAAACCAACCUCUUUGCUCCAGUAAUCUCAUCACACAAUGUCGGCAGCAGCAGGUAGCAUCGGCCGCGCCACGGUGCGCGCCAUGCAAGGCCGCAAACGACUCAUCCCACAGAGGGCAGCGCUGGUCUUGUCCAAAAGUGCGGUGGAGAAAAUCCAAGGACUUUUGCAGGAAAAGCCAGAGGUUGUUGGCUUGCGCGUCGGAGUCAAGACGAGGGGCUGUAAUGGGCUGACGUACACGCUGGACUAUGCAACAGAGAAGGGGAAAUUUGAUGAAGAGGUGGUACAAGAUGGAGUGAGGGUCUUCGUCGACUCCAAGGCCCAACUGACGCUCCUGGGCACCGAGAUGGACUACGUACAGAGCACGCUCAGUAGUGAGUUCGUCUUCAACAACCCCAACAUCAAAGGCGUCUGCGGGUGCGGGGAGAGCUUUAAUGUUUGAUGGACUCGCAAUCUGGAGGUUGUACAAAGAACUGGAGAAACGGGUGGGGAGGUUAUUGCAGGAAGGGGUGGGGGUCUCGUGUGGGAAGUGCAGACAAAAUCUACAAAGACUGCUCAGCCAAAAAAAGAACAUGCAAUUGAAAAACAAAUCAAUUUUAUUAGGUGAAACUCAAAUAUAGCUCAAGGAAAACACGUCUUUGAUAUCUACUAGAAAAAAAUAUAAAUAUUCAGAGUUGCUUACAAAUUUGCCACCGGUUAAUUAAGAGACUGAACCCUUAGAAUUUGGUUUCGUAAAGCACGCACAAGUGAUAUGAACUACUGUGUACAAAAUUUAGAAUCUCUAAUGGUACUGUGUAUUGAAUAAGAAAUGUACUGCCGUGAUUGUAAACAUUCUAAAAAUGUUUCGCUUAUUGCUUAGGUGCUUGCAUUAUAAGUAUGGAUAAUCCACACACACAAAAAUGGGUGUGAAAAUUAAUGAACCCUCCUGUUGUUUGAUCAGUCACAGACAAUCAAUAAUUUCUUCCACUUCUGCUAUGCAUUUGUGUACAGCCUAGUAAAAAAAAAACGGUCACAUCAUAUUCGUGUAAACACUGUGACUAGUCAAAUUCCAUCAACAGACAUAACAGGCAACUUGUAGGUACAGCUGGCAUAUCAAUCACCUCCAUCAAAGCAUGGCUAUAUCACAUUAACAAGGGAUUUUUUUAACUGUCAAAAAAAGUCACUUGAUUGAUUUCGACUGCUGUGAUGAGAUACCUGAUUUUGCCAGCCAGAGAAGGAGGUAUUUAUUACAUUUCGCAAUGUUUUGGAGGGGAGGAGUAAUGAAUUACAAAGAAAUGUCGUCGUCCAGGAUGAUUGUGGAUUUGGCAGCAUUUAUGAAAGUUUAAUUAUGGUCUUUUUUCAGUAAAAAAUAUAAAAUCUGCGUUUUUACAAAUGGCUGAAACAACUUUGGUAUUUGGUCAAAAUAUUUAAUUUUGUUUUUAUUAAUUUAAGAUUGGCGGCAUUUCAAAUUUGCAAAAUCCGGUUGUACAGUAUUUUUAAAGAUAAAAAUAUGUAAAGUGAUUGGAAUGUUGUAUUUAAGAAGAAAUUAAAUGUUUUACUUGUUGAAAGCAAA